AUGGAAUACGAUUCUCUCCCCGCUGAAAAAGCGGCUGCUAAUGAAGAAUUCCAGCAUAGUGGCAACAAUGAGCCAAGCCAUUCUCAAGCUGAUUCUGAUUGGCUUCAAGUUAUACUUCAUGUUGACGGCGAUCUUUUACCGGGCUUUGAUCUUGAUCACAUCCGCUCUAUGGCAACAGAAGACUCUCCUGGACUUCGAGUCGAUAUUCUAGCUCGGCCUGGAACUCUCGCCGUGCCUUUGCUUCUCAUGAGACUGCAAAUCAAAUGCGGCGAGACAUGGCAUCGUUUGGCGAAUAUCGCUGUGCCAUUCAGCGAAAACGGAACCCCGCUGUUUGCCCAUCAUCUUCACGUAAGAGAAACGACUGCAAUGAAAGCCUUUUUUACCCUACCAUCCACAUAUAUUAGCUCAACUACGGUCCUGGAUCCUACAAAUGGCUUGGAUUUCGAUCUCAUGAGAUUGGGGUUGCCUGAUCCUCAACAUGAUAGUGCCUCUUCGUGCUCUAGCACUUUCGUUUGCCCUCAAGGCGACGAGAUAAUUUGGAUCUACGCUGAAACAAAAGCUGGCCAAGUUGUCGUGGAUUAUCCAUCAUCGUUUUGGAGGCAAAUCCACCGCCAAUCAAUGGCCACGCGAACCGUCGCUAACCGCAUCAAAUCUUUGCUCUCGUCUACGAACCCAGAGAGCCCGAAAAGAUUUUGGAUCACAUUCCCUCUCUAUCAAGAAUGGAGACGCGAUUGGCGACUAUUCUUCGGCGAUGGACACAAAGAAAGUCCCUAUGGCAGAGUCGUAGGGGAAUAUCAAGCAGACAAUACAUCAAACAAUCCAUUUCGAUCCCUUCUGAUUCCGCUCCCUGACUCGGAAUGGAUUGCAAAAGAGAACGACAAAGAGGAAUAUGGCACAGGCGCUACAGGGCUUCCUACAGCUUACUUGAUGGCUGUCGACAUGGAAACCGUGCAAAACGCUAUGCCCGAUAUUGGGACCUUGGUCGAGGUUGAUCUCUCAGUUGCUCAGGGUUAUUUCAAGAUACCGAAGCAGCCUCAAACUCCCCUUCACAUCCGAAAGAUUGCGGUAGAGGUUCAACGUGUUAUUAAAGCGGCGGAACACAAGGUACAAAAUGCUGCAGAUGAAAUUCAGACUAAGCUGAGUGGUAUCCGCGAUAAAGAGGCAAUCGCAGAAGACGUCGUCCACUUAAUUUCGGAAUUUUAUGUCGAAACCGCUGCCAAGGGCUUAGUGCCGUAUAUCAAUAAACUGUCGAAUAAGGCAAAGGCAAAGCAUCCCUCCGGGCCUGAAGAUGCUCAGCGAUGGGUAGACGCCCUAGAAGUAGCCUCUCAACUUCGAGCGCGCAGCGGCGAAAAUGACAAUGCGCAUGUCAAACGUAUUGCCAAAUGGGUCAAAUCUCAGGGGGUAAAUGUGCGGACAUUGAAGCGAAGCAAAUAUGGCGAGCCAUUUUUGGGCUAUCGUUUGGAUCCGCCUUGCAAUAUUCCUGCAGAGGUUGCACUCUUUCACCUUGAAGUGCCCAAGCAGCCAGACUGGCCGCACGGUUUUAAAAAGCCUCCCCUACGAAUCGCCAUCUCAAAGAAUGUUCCGACCGACGAGUCUCCAGUUGGUGCACAUAAGAUGAAAGACUUUUAUCUUGCUAAGAAGGCAGAGGCGGUCGAGGUGGAGUGUCUCGAAAUCCGCGUCAUGGACAAUCUAAAGCUCGACCAUAUAACAAGCGAUCAGUUGAAGGCUACUAUCCAGAAAAUUGCCAGCGUAAUAAUAACGAAAAGUUAG